AUGCUCCAAACACCAAGGGGCCUCAUUGAUCAUCCAUCAGAUUUUUCCUUUUUGCAAUCUUUAGGACCACUCAGAUCGAUCUCUCAUACCUUGUACGGAUUUCCUGCUGGACCAGUAGGCCUUUUCCAUCUCUUAUGGCCUUAUGGGAGAGGCCUCCUAUUUGUCUCUGUCCGUCCAUUUGGUUGGAUUGAAGUAAAUUGUGGUGACUUUUCAUCAGUAGGGAUGGAGCAGAAGCUCCUGUUGCUAUCAGCCUAG